UUUUCUCCUCUAUUUUCCAACCACUUGUAUAUAUACCCCCCACCCGGGCAAUUCAACCUCUAACCAAAACCGCCCUAAAUACGUCGUCUUCUUCACUAUUCACAGCAACAAACACCAUAUCAACAGUUUCUUGUUUUUCCUCCUCUGAAAGAAUCAGUAAUACAGUAAUGGCUUCGUGUGGUAGUCUUCAACAAAUCUUUGAAGGCCCAUUACCGAAAAACCCAACACUCAUUGAAUCUUUAUCAUGGAAUCAGAUCAAACCCAUGAGAAAACCUACUGAAAUUUCAUCUUUUUCUGAGAUGAUUGGCGAACUUAACUUUGAAGAUAACUCAUCUCCUCCUCCUCCUCCUCCAUCUACAUUAUUUCCAUCACCACCACCAUCUUCUUCUGCUUCUUGUAACAAGAAUCUAAAUCCGAUUUUUGAUCAACUUAAUAAUGAACAGCUUGAAGAAAAGAAUAACUUGUUACCAUCGUGUUCUUUCCUGGGUGGUGGUGCGAAUAAGAAUCGUGAAUAUAUGGAUAAUGGUGGUUCAAAGAUUAGCAGCGCUGGUGGUUAUCAAUCUAAGAAGAAUCUCCAGAUGUGCACAGAAGGACUUGGAGUAGAAAGCUUUGAUUGUAUCGAAGAAGAGAAGAAAGAUGAUUCAGAAAACCAGGAAAAGAAUAGGAGUAAAUUAGGUCAUCAUAUAUCAUCAUCAUCAUCUCACAUUAUGGGACAUGAGUUUAGGAGAUUAUCAAGAACAGGUGCCAGGAAAUUCCCUCCUCCUAUUUCUUCUAUAGGGAUAAGUGGAAAACCUGGGGUUAGCUUUAGAUCUUUCAGGAAAGACGGGCGUUUUGUUCUCAAAGAGAUCAGAAUCCCGACUCAAGAAUUUCUUCAUGCAAGUAGAGAAGAUGGUCGCUUAAAGCUCAACUUCGUUCAUCCACAGCGACGAAUUCUUGAAGAGCAAAAAGAAGAAGAUACAGAAAGUAGUUGCAUAGACGAUGAGCACGAAGAAACGAAAGAUGUAACAGAUGAAUAGAGCAGUUAAAAUAGUUUGAUUUUGUUUAACUUUUCAAGCUUUCCUUGCAGAAGUGAUGCCUAUGUUGUGGACGAUCCUUCUGCAGGGUAAAAUUUUGAUAGGUGUAUCUGAUUCUUUUCCUUUGGCUUUCCCUGUAGUAUAGACAAUCAAACUCAAUCAAGCAUAAAUGCAGU